AACACUUCAACAGACGAAGACUGGAUGCUUUGACAACAGGGACACGGCAGCUCUUUACUUCAAGAACUCAGAGGAGCAAACACACGAUGAAAUGCCAAUUAGUUUUGCCAGCCUGUUUGCUGCUGCUUUGGACACUGACAGCAUCUGUCAGUUGUCAAGAUAAGGCUGAAGAUCCUAAAAUUCUAGUGAAAGAGGCCUCUGGUGGGCUUAAGUUGACUUGUGGAGAAAAUAAUUUUUUUAAAAAUGAAUUAGAAAAAGAGGUCUUAAACGGAUUCUUGCCAUACGCCGAUAACAACACAGGGGAGUACACAUGUACAUACAACAGUACAGAUGGCGGUGAAAUAGUUGGACCAAAGAUCUAUGUGAAAUUUCGAACCUGUGACAACUGCAUAGAGCUCGACCUGCCUUCAAUAGUGGGAAUAGUCAUUGGAAACGUGGCAGCUACGAUUGUGAUAGGAGUGGCUGUCUAUCUCACUGCAUCUCAGAACCGGAUCGGUCCAAUCACCUCGCACAAGAAAAGCUCUGAUAGACAGCCAAUUGCAAGCAGCAGAGCUCCCAAUGUGCAUUACGAGCCUCUGAAACGUCAUCAGAAAGACACGUAUGAUGAGCUUAACAACAGAAAAUAAAAGGCGAUUCGGCCUGGGACGCAAACCCCCCAACCCCCCAGCUGACAACAUACUCUCCAUGUUUUCCUUUGCUACUCCAACAUCUGCAGGAGGGAAAAGUCUGGUAUCUGGGAUGGCUGUCGCUCCUAGCCUAAUGUAAUUUGCGCUGUAUGAAACUGUUUUAGAUUUUUUUCUUAUCAUUUAGCUUCACCAUGCCUGUAAGACAUUACUCUUACGUAAAAAAGACCACUCACAUAAUGAGUAACUGUUAACCUUCUGUAUGUUAUAAUUCAGUGUUUAUCAGUCUUUGUUCUUGUGUGUAGUAUUUUCAUUCAUUAUCUAUGUUUUUUCUCUUUCUGUACUGUAAGUAGGGCUACAGCCACCUCGUAUCAUGACUUAAAAAUCAAGUGUUUAUUUUAAUUUCAUGUAUCAUUGUUAUGAUGCAAAAUAAAGAACUGAGGAAAAGAAA